AAUCAAAAUGGUUACUUUGUUAUCUCUUCUUCCUCGUCUUGGUUUUGGUGGUGUUGUUUUUGCACCUUCUCCAAAACCAUUUCCGUUACACUUUUUUAUCCUCUCUCCAUCCAACUAUAUCAACAACCCUUUACCUUAAACUUUAAAAAUAAUCCCAUCUUUCACUCGAAAAGUUACAUCAUUUGAUCAUCAAUGGGGAUUUUAUAUGGAAUGGUGGCUAGGGGACAGGUUGUUUUGGCUGAGUUUAGCGCGACUCAGAGCAAUGCGAGUGUGGUUGCUAAACAAAUACUUAACAAGAUUAAUCAAGGGACUGAUAAUUACAAUGAUAGCAAUGUUUCGUUCUCGCAUGAUCGUUAUGUUUUUCAUGUCAAGAGAACCGAUGGCCUCACGGUUCUUUGUAUGGCUGAAGAAGCAUUCGGAAGAAGGCUUCCAUUUUCGUUUCUUGAAGAUAUUCAUAGUAGAUUUGUGAAGACAUACGCUCGUGCAAUUGUUUCGGCUCCUGCCUAUACCAUGAACGAUGAAUUCUCGAGGGUUCUUAGCCAGCAGAUGGAUUAUUAUUCUACCGAUCCAAAUGCUGAUAGAUUGAACCGUCUCAAAGGUGAAAUGACUCAGGUGAAAACUGUUAUGAUUGAUAACAUUGAGAAAGUGUUGGAAAGAGGUGGUCGUUUGGAAAUGCUGGUUGAGAAAACUUCAGCAAUGAACAGCAAUUCAAUUCGUUUCAAAAGUCAGUCUCGUCGAUAUAAGAAUAACAUGUGGUGGAUGAAUGUUAGGCUAACGGUUACACUUAUCAUUAUUUUUGUCAUUGUCUUUUACAUUAUACUAGCAUUUAUGUGCCAUAGUCCUUUGUUGACUUCAUGCUGGAGAUAAGCUCUCAAGGCUUUGUUUGAUCUAUCUUUCUUUUUUUGCAAUGCUUUUUUGACCAAUAAUUGUAUAUUAAGUCAACCAAAAACAGAAUAUUCAUACUUGUAUUUAUUGGGUUUCAAACAUUUAUCAAUGUUACUAAUCUAGGCUUGUGCA